AUGAGAUCAGAUAUCCAGGCUUUGCCUCAAGCUAACUUCCUACUCCCAGAUAUCCCCACGGACUUUGAAUGGGGAAGAUCCAGAUUCGAGCUCUGUGACUAUUACCUUGAGGCCCGCCGCAGAUGCCCCCGGCCCCCAGCAGUCCCCCAGGGAAGCCCUGAGCUUCGACGCGCCCCCUUCUACGCCAUUGUCCCCCCUUGCUCCGCCGCGGGAGAAGAAGCGCCGCGGCGCGGCGGCGGCGGCCCCGGGGUCCCGGAGGAGCUCACGGCGGCGGCGGCGGACGAGGGCCCGGCCCGAGAGGAGCAGCGUCCCAUCCAGCCCUCUUUCACCAAGUCCCUCUGCCGGGAGUCCCACUGGAAGUGCCUGCUGCUCUCCCUGCUCAUGUACGGCUGCCUGGGGGCCGUGGCCUGGUGCCACGUCACCACGGUGACCCGCCUCACCUUCAGCAGCGCCUAUCAGGGCAACAGCCUCAUGUACCAUGACAGCCCCUGCUCCAACGGCUAUGUCUACAUCCCCCUGGCCUUCCUGCUCAUGCUGUAUGCUGUCUAUCUGGUGGAGUGCUGGCACUGCCAAGCCCGCCAUGAGCUGCAGCACCGUGUUGAUGUAACCAGUGUCCGGGAGCGUGUGGGCCGCAUGCAGCAGGCCACACCCUGCAUCUGGUGGAAGGCCAUCAGCUACCACUAUGUCCGCCGCACCCGCCAAGUCACUCGAUACCGCAACGGAGACGCCUACACCACCACCCAGGUCUAUCACGAGCGCGUCAACACGCACGUGGCGGAGGCCGAGUUCGACUACGCGCGCUGCGGGGUCCGCGACGUCUCCAAGGCGCUGGUGGGGCUGGAGGGCGCGCCGGCCACGCGGCUGCGCUUCACCAAGUGCUUCAGCUUCCGCGCCGUCAGCAGCUCGUCCAUCUUCUCGCGCAGCGCCCUGAGCAUCUGCGCCAGCCCGCGGGCCGGCCCGGGGCCCGGCGGAGGCCCGGGCUGCGGGGGCAGCCGCUUCUCGCUCGGGCGCCUCUACGGCUCGCGGCGCAGCUGCCUGUGGCGCAGCCGGAGCGGGAGCGUCAACGAGGCGAGCUGCCCCACCGAGCAGACGCGGCUGUCCAGCCAGGCCAGCAUGGGGGACGACGAGGACGACGAGGAGGAGGCCGGGCCGCCGCCGCCCUACCACGACGCCCUCUACUUUCCGGUUCUCAUCGUGCACCGGCAGGAGGGGUGCCUGGGCCACAGCCACCGGCCGCUGCACCGCCACGGCUCCUGCGUGGAGACCUCACUGUGACCAAUGGCUC